CUCCCUCCUUGCCCCGCCGCCCGGCUGGAGGGCGGGCGCGGCGGCGCGCGUGCGCCGAGGGGCGGUCUGCAUGGCGGCGCCUGCGGGAGCGGAGGCGAGGUCAUCUUGUAAUGGAAAAAAAUGGAGCUGACCAUGACAUUGCUAUGGAAGGAUCUAAUGAUUUGUUUGUAGGGAACUGUGAUAGUCCAGGAGAGUCAGAAACAAAUGAUCAGGUUUUUCAGCAUCUAACCUGCAUGGAUUCCAGGGAUCCAUUGUUUGGACAGAGUGACUCUCCUGCAGCCUUGCCCAUCACAGUACGCCUCUCGGGCAGUUCUCAAUCGUCAUCUGUGCCCGUGCGGCCACCCCAGCCGCAGCCUCGCUCUGCAGAGGAGUUCCACCUGGUAGACCAACCCGGGCACCCUCUCUAUGAGCUGCAGCCCCUAGGAGGGCCCAGUGCAUCCAUGAUGAUUGUUGCCAGCCAGUCAGAAAAUGGACAGGUGCUGCAUGUCAUUCCUUCUGCCCAGCCAGGAAUGGCCCAAGUGAUCAUUCCUCAAGGUCAACUUCUGGAUGUGACCAGCACACAGGAUGUUUCGGAAGAGAAGUGUGGUGAUGGGAACUUGCAGACUGUGGCGGUGGCUGCUAUAGCAGACAGUGCAAGCAGUUACAUUCUACAUCCACAGGCAUCUCUCACCGUAUCAAAAAAAACAACCACCAGGGUAGUGGAAGAUCCCUUUCCUGUCCCUCUCCAGCCAUUGCCACCAAAUACGCCUGCAUGGGCACGCCGUCUCAGGAACUGUGAGAAAAUUGGGGACUCGUACCGCGGCUAUUGUGUGAGCGAGACAGAAUUAGAGAGCGUUCUAACGCUACACAAGCAGCAAACACAAAGUGUGUGGGGGACGCGCCAGUCUCCAAGCCCAGCCAAACCUGCCACACGGUUGAUGUGGAAAUCUCAGUAUGUCCCAUAUGAUGGGAUCCCCUUUGUCAAUGCAGGAAGCAGAGCCAUUGUAAUGGAGUGCCAAUAUGGACCAAGGAGGAAAGGGUUCCAGCCCAAAAAAGCUGGUGAGCAGGAAAGCAUCUCUGGCCAUCUGUACAAAGCCACUUGUCCAGCAAGGAUCUAUAUUAAAAAGGUUCAAAAGUUUCCGGAAUACAGGGUUCCUACUGACCCUAAAAUUGACAAGAAAAUCAUAAGAAUGGAGCAGGAGAAAGCAUUCAACAUGCUGAAGAAGAACUUGAUAGAUGCUGGCGGUGUCCUCAGGUGGUAUGUACAGUUACCCACUCAGCAAGCCCACCAAUAUCAUGAAAUGGAAACUUCCUGCCUCCCUUCUUCACCCUCCCAUUUGUCUGUGUCUUCUCCUGAGGAGGAGGAGGAAGUUAUUAGAGAUGAGAACUGUACUCUGCCUUCCCGACUUCAUCCUCAAGUGGCAGACAAGAUCCGAGAACUGGUGUCUCAGGGAAUAGAGCAGGUCUAUGCAGUGAGGAAGCAACUAAGAAAGUAUGUGGAAAGAGAAUUAUUCAAGCCUGAUGAAGUGCCAGAAAGACAUAACCUGUCCUUCUUCCCCACUGUGAAUGACAUCAAGAACCACAUUCAUGAAGUGCAGAAAUCCCUGAGGAAUGGCGAGAUGGUGUAUAAUUCAGAAAGUAUCCCAGCAAUGCUGCAGUGGACCACAGACAGUGGGAAUGUUCUCACAGAGACAGUGACUGUUACAUUUGCCUCACCACCUUCAGAUGGGACCUCAGCAGGGGAGUCAGUUGUCACCAAAGCAGAAUCCAACCAGAGCGGGGAGUCCUUGCUACCAGAAACAGCUCAGCUGUUGUCUUCACUCUCUUCAAUUCAGCCCAAGAUAUUUGCACAACUUCAGGGAUUACAGCUGCAGUCAACUUUUACCUCCACAAAUGGAUCAACAGCCCUGAUAGCUGUAAAUAACCAUUCCCCUCCCAGCCCUGCAAGUCUCCUGGAUUCCAUAGGGAGUGCAAUAACCAGCCAUUCUCUAGUACUCAGUCAGGGACACAGUCUGCAAGCAGGUGCUGGCCUAACACAGCAUAGUACUGCUGCCUCUGCUUUUGGGACUCUGCCUGGCUGUGAUCAGAGUUUGGUCACCAUGGGCCAGUUGGUAGCAGUUGGAGGGGUAGAUGACUCCAGAAGCCUAGAAGGAGGAGUUCAUCAGAUUCUCCUGGGAGAUGUACACACUAUUCCAGUACAGAUUGUGGACAGCCAUCCAGCACUUACUGAAGAAAAUACAGAGAGUGUUACCUGUGUGAGCCAAGUUAAACAAGAGCCAAGAGAAAAAGCAUUGUCUACGGAGCCAGAUAAAAUCCGAGACUGCCAUAGUUCCUCACCUAUUUAAAUCUGUGAAGCCUAGAAGGAUUUUUCAAAUCGGAGAACUCUAAACAUCUUGGAAGGGAAGGCGGGUGCUCUCAAAGUAAUGCCAUUCUUUUUAAGUUGUAUUAUGACAUUCAGAUUAGGCAUAUUUUACACUAGUUCUGAUGGCCAGCUGUUUUGAUUUAUGACUGAUGUGGCUCGCUGCCAAUUCCAGGUCAUUCAGUUGCCCUGUGGAACACCACCUUUCUCUUCUGUUUCAAGUUUUGAGUAAUUUGGAUGCUAUCCAAAUGGCCCAUUUUGGUCAACAUUUCUGAAGGUCUUCCACAGUUUAAUUCCUUAGCUUUAAAAUGUGGAUCACGUGCUGGGUUUGCUUUUCUUCUUGAAACCCUCAACUGUUACGGCACUACAGAGACCAUAGAAUCUGCCAGCUCCAAGACCACAGAAUCCAACAGCAAAGUGUAUCAAUACAGCAAUGGUUUUGUGACAAAACGAAGGUCCAAGAUGCUAAAUUUCAAAGUGAUGAAGGAUGUGGAUGCUUAAGAAAGUGCAACUUUGACCUGAUCAUAAUGUUAAUGGUGUGAAGAUCAAGGAGAGGAGAAAGAUCAGAAGCUAUCCAGCAGGUCUAUCCAACAAGCGUCAACUAAGAGAUUGUACGAGCCUGCAAGGGAGAAGAUCACGAAGAAAGUGUGUAAGAUCUUAUGGGAGGACCUGCAGGAACAGAAUGGAGGAGAUUAAAGGUUGAUGACAUGACUUCUAUAAAGCCCACAUUCUUUGGUGGAAGGAAGAGGAUUUUUCAAUAGAGAAUAAAAAACAGGAAGCAUUCCAAACUGUCCUUCAAAACCACCAUGUUCAGAGCCUCAAAGAUGACACUCCUCAGUUUGCUGAAGUGUGCAGGUGUUUCCUCCUUGACUUCUGCUUUUAGCUCUUAGUUCACUAUGUGUUGGAUGUUUUCUCAGGAUCACUUACCUCUGAGAGUACUCCAGAUAAUCAGCAAGAGACCAGAAUGGAGAACAGAAGAGGAAGUGAAGUUUGUAAAAAGCUGCUUGCAGGAGAUAGAAAGCUCUCAAAGUUACAGCUCAAGAUUGCAGUUUCUUCUGGCUGAAGUGGUUCACUUUAAAUGGUAAUUUUAAAGUUAAUUUAAAGAUGUGUCCUGCAGUGGCCGCACUGCAGGACACAGCUGAGGUCAUCAGUGAAGCUGGUGGCACCUCUGUGAAAGUGUAUUUAAGAAAGGGCAAAAUGCUGCCCAGCAGAGAGGAGUGAAGAAGAAAGUGAGAGAAACAGUCUUCUGAACAUCAAGGUUGGAGAAGAAGGAGAGGGAGGAAUUGCUUCAGGUGCUGCAGCAGGUAUUUCCCUGCAGCCCACGGAGGACCUCAUGCCGGAGCAGGUGGAGAUUUCCUGAAGGAACUGCAGUCCACAGAGAGGAGCCAUGCAGGAGCAGGCUUAUGCUGAAGGACUACAGGCUGUGGAGAGCCCACAAAGGAGCAGGCUGAUGCUGAAGGACUGCAGCCUGUGGAGAGCACCCAUGGUGGAGCAGGGGAAAAGUGUGAGGAGGGUGGAGUGAUAGAAAGGAGCUGUUACAGACUGACUGCAACCCCCCAUUCCCCUUUGCCCUGCACUGCUUUGAGUGGGAGGGAGGUAGAGGAGUUGGGGGCUGAAAGUGUGAAGUUGAGCCUGGGGAAUGAGGGGAGCAUGAGGGGAAGGUGCUGUUUUAAUUUGUAUUUGUUUCUCAGUAUUUUAAUCUAUUUUAAUUGGCAAUAAAUUAAAGUAAUUUUCCUCACAUCAAA